AUGAAAGGCAAGGAUUGGCUCCAACUCUUUACGCAAGAGCGGCAUUGCAUGGUUCAUGUGUCCUCGCUCGUGCUGUCCCAUUCAAAGAUCGUGAGUAUGCAGCAAGAGAUGGGUCAGCUAUCAAUCGACGAGGCGGUCAGCCUCUGCCAGACAGUCAGCAGCGGGAACAAUCGCAGCCUGGCCUUCUUUUGCCUCCCGCAAACUCACACCUCAACAAAGCGAGAUGUGGUGCUGAAAAACCGGAGACUUUUGGAGGAUAAGGUGGGGGGGUGCAUGGACGUGUACGAGAUCAGCCUCCAUUUCUCAGAUUCGCAUCAUGGAGGCCUGGCGGCCAUGUGCGGGUCUUCAUCGACGGUCUUUGCGCGGAGCAAAGCCUUGCUGGGGUCGAUCAACGACGUGGAGAGGUCCAGGGUGAAUGAUUUACAAAACCCUGACCCAGACCAUGCCCUUGCUCCUCAUUGGAGGGUGCAACAGAGAGGGGUGGGUGCAACGGCGAACAUCUUGAAGCAGCUCGUUGACGGAGUAGCCAAAGAGACACAAUCUCUUCUGGUUGUUGACCUGCUUCCUUCGAGGUUCGCGGAGUGGUCUUCGGCGUGCUGGGAAAUCCAGCAAAGCUGGUUGUUGGAGGAAGACAGGAGCCUGGAUGUCAGAUUUUUGGGUGUAUACCAUGAGGACAACGCCAAAGAGCUCACAUUAUCCAUGGAGGCACUAGCUGGAAAGGCCCUCGAUGGGUUUUGGGACAGGUCUGAGAAGGCGGGCCCAAAGUGUCGAUCCGCCGCCACCUUCCACGAAGAGUUGCCCAACCUGGAGUGUCUGACAAUCGUGGAGGGAGAAAUAAAGGUGCCGGAAUUGGUGUUGCAAAAGUACGCAGGGCAUCACUCUCUCAAGGAUGCCACCAAGAAACUCUCCGAUGAAUUGGAUGUGAUCCAGGCAGUGAAAUCUUUUCACACAGGAGUGGCCAAGCCUUCAUCGAGUUCGGCGACCACCACUGACACUCGCACCUUGGCGAAUCCAGAGUGGGAGGGUGCUCUGCCCCACAAUGUGGUGAAAGCUGCAGCAGACCUUGGCAGAGUCACAGGUGUCCAAGUCUGCAUCGGCUCUGACGACUCUGUGUGGCUUCACAAUCUGAGCGGAUCCAACUUGGAUGUUCCUGCUGGAGAGCUUUUCGGCUUUAACACUGGAUCGUUCGUGGAGAGCAUGCAACCAUUGGCAGAAAUCUUGUGCAACAUCGCCAAGCAGCGUGGGGUCACGGAAUUUCGCGUCAUUGACCACAGCUUGAGACCACAGGUGGCAAGUGAUGGGACCAAUCGAGUGCUACAAUACAGAUACUCCGUCUUGGCCAGUGGCAUGGUAAAUGCUUUCCGGCCCAGGGAGCUGACGAAGGAGGCAGGCGAGACCGACAAGAUCCGGGCGGCUCAGCUCGGGGCUUUGUUCAGUGGGCGCUUCUCACAGCUGCGUCGCGGUGAUAAUGCCGGUAUCAUCUGGGAGGCAUGGAUCGAUGACAGCGUUCCGGCAGUGCUGACGCCGCUCAAGCCCAAAUUUUAUCUUUUGGGAACUGUGUCCAUCAAGGAUGGGCAUCUGGUGUGA